GAAGAAGAAGAAGAAGACGACUACAAAAAAAUGAAAAUGAUGAAGAAGAUAAUCAUCAUCAUGCUCAUGAUGUGGUGACUCCGACUUGAACAUUGGCUAAUUUCUGUGCUGCUGGGGGAUUUUACUUUUUAGUUCCGCGAGUGGCCACUGGGAAAAAAAUGGCUGAAAGACUUCCAGUGUGAGGAUUGCGCCAUCUUGUAAUCCUGGUAACCAGGUCUGAAAAUACAUCCAUGUGUUGUAGGGUAGACGGAACCCUGUAAAGAGUUUGGGAAAAUGUUAAAAGACAUCCCCAGUCAAUCAUGUCCAACUUCAUCCAGAGAUGUCAGCAUUGCAGGCAGCCUGCACAGCGUGGUGCGUUCGCUUCUCACAGGAACCCGCAGACCAGUCUGUGGUCCUGGGAGAACGGGUGGUGCUCUCCUGCGUGGUCUUCAACUACAGUGGCAUCGUGCAGUGGACCAAGGAUGGUCUGGCCCUUGGCAUCGGAGAGGGUCUCCGAGCCUGGCCCAGGUACCGUGUCCUGCGGGCUCUGGACAUCGGCCAGUACAACUUGGAGAUCUCCAAUGCAGAGUUGUCUGAUGACUCUCUAUACGAGUGUCAGGCUACAGAGGCCGCCCUGCGCUCCAGGAGGGCCAAACUCAACGUGCUCAUCCCCCCAGAGGACCCAGUAGUUGAGGGAUCUCCAGAGCUCCUGCUGAUGGCUGGGACUCCAUACAACCUGACCUGUGUGACCCGCGGAGCCAAGCCUGCAGCACACAUCCAGUGGACCAAGGAUGGAGUCGCUGUGGAAGGAGCCCACCAGUCCACGGAGGUGCUGCCGGACAGGAAACGAGUGACAACCAGGAGCUACCUGCCCAUCACGCCAGUCGACGCCGACAGCGGCUGCAACUUCACCUGUGUGGCGAGUAACCCAGCAGUGCCCAUGGGCAAACGAGCUACCGUCAACCUCAACGUCCACCAUCCUCCUACGGUGACCCUGUCCAUCGAACCUCGCUCUGUCCUGGAGGGGGAGAGAGUCACCUUCACCUGCCAGGCCACUGCCAACCCUCCCAUCAUGGGCUACAGGUGGGCUAAAGGUGGCGUGCUGCUGGAGGGCGCCAGGGAGAGCGUGUUUGUCACCACAGCAGAUCACUCCUUCUUCACUGAGCCCGUGUCCUGUCAGGUGUUCAACGCCGUGGGAAGCACCAACGUCAGCAUUCUGGUGGAUGUGCACUUUGGUCCAAUACUGGUGGUUGAACCCAGGCCAGUAACAGUGGACGUCGACUCUGACGUCACUCUGAACUGCAAAUGGUCUGGAAACCCUCCUCUCACCCUCACCUGGACCAAGAAGGGCUCCAGCAUGGUGCUCAGCAACAACAACCAGCUGUAUCUGAAGUCGGUGAGCCAGGCUGAUGCAGGCCAGUAUGUCUGUAAGGCCAUUGUGCCCCGGAUUGGAGUCGGAGAGACUGAGGUUACACUCACCGUCAAUGGCCCUCCAAUCAUCUCCAGUGAGCCGGUCCAGUAUGCUGUCAGAGGAGAGAGAGGGGAGAUCAAGUGUUACAUCGCCAGCACCCCCCCACCUGAUAAGAUUGUUUGGGCAUGGAAGGAGAACGUGUGGGAGAAGGAGAAGGGCACCCUGAUGGAGAGGUACACCGUGGAGCAGAGUAAACCUCCAUCCCAGGGCGGCGCCGUUCUCUCCACACUCACCAUCAACAAUGUCAUGGAGUCCGACUUCCACUCGCCAUACAACUGCACCGCCUGGAACGCCUUCGGACCGGGCACCAUGAUCAUCACCCUGGAGGAAACGGAUAUUGUUCCAGUGGGAAUUAUCGCCGGUGGAACAGUGGGCUCCUCAAUUCUACUGAUUAUGUUACUACUGGCACUCGGCUUCUUCCUCUACCGCCAACGCAAAGGCAGUCGCCGGGGUGUCACCCUCGGUAAGCCAGACAUCAAGGUAGAGACAGUCAACAAAGAGACGCACAGCCUGGAGGAGGAGGUGGCCGACGUCUCCACGGCAACCCGAAUGGUCAAGGCCAUGUACUCCUUUCUGCCCUCUGUUUCCCUCUCUCCCUCCACUCAGCCAUUCAAAGACGACAUGGACCUGAAGCAGGACAUCAGGAGCGAGGGCGACACUCGGGAGGAGUACGAGCUCAAGGAUCCAACCAACGGCUACUACAACGUCCGAGCCACCACCCACGACGACGCGCGCCCCCAGUCCCGUGCCAUCCACUACCAGGGAGAGUUCCGCUCCCCAAACCCAAACAGCGGACCAGUCGGUGCCACAUCCAGUGGGCCCUCGGCUUCUCCCAGCGGUGCAGUUCCUCCCAGCGCAGUGCCAGGUUCAAGGGCCGGCUGCUACGACCCCCGCCCGCCUUCCAGGAUGUCCCACGCCACCUACGCCCAUUUCAACACCUACUCCAGGGUAGCACAGAGCCAGCAGGCACCUCCCAAUCCAGCUCUUCAGUCACCUGGAGAUUACCCUGGAGACUGCGGCCUGCUGGACAACACGACCCAGCUCACCUAUGACAACUACGGAUACCCCUCCCAGUAUCCCAGCUACCGCAUGGGUUUUGCUCCGACUAUUGAGGAAGGGCCGGCCUAUGAGAUGUAUCCAACGGGACAAGGGACCGGGCCAGGACAACAGAGUCCUGAGACGGGGCUGGGGAAGUAUGGAAGCUCCACCCGUUUCUCAUACUCCUCUCCACCCUCUGACUAUUCCCACAGACACACACAGCGCAUGCAGACUCAUGUGUGAGAUACACAUAUACAUGCAGCAGCAGUACUUAUUACACAUAAAGGCAAAAAUACCUUGAAACUUUAAAAAAAAAAACAACAAAAAAAAACUCCCCUUUCUAUACAUAAACAUUCAAGAAUCCAUUUUCUGUUUCCACAGCAACCAAUGCAUGGACCUUGGUUCAUUUUCUGAACCGUUAAAACACCGCAACAAUGCACAGCAGUUAGCAGUGUCGCAUAUACUAUAGUUAGCAGCAAUACAUACAACACAUGCAAAGUGACAUUCAUCUGUGCAGACCCUCUGUUGUGUGCAGUGUUUAUGCUCCAACAAAAGCAACAGCAAAAGCCACAAUCAAGAGACAGAAGGUGAAGAAGCAGCGCACUUUGGUGACAGGAAGAAGAGGAGCGCCAGGAGGUGAGGGGGGAGCACAGGAACCUUUUUCUUCUUGCUCUUUUACCCUGCAUCACAUUUUCCUCCCAUCCCAUCUUUGUAAAUAAGAGCAAAUUCAGAUUCACUUUAAAGUUAUUUAGUGGAUAAACUUACAGUGUGAUGCAGUACAGCGACCAACAGCAAAACUCCCAGUAAUCCACCGAUUCUCACAUAUUGCAAAACACACACACACACACACAGAUUUUUAAAAACUCAUUUGUUCCUGUGUAUUGCAAUGGGGCAGCUUGGACUACAAAUCUCUCUGGCACUUUCUGAUCCCCUCUCCUCACUAAAACCUGCCCGGUGGCUAUUUCUUACAAGAUCUACCUUGAUUUAAUUGGGACAAAGCUUCUUAAGGUGGUACAGUGAGUGACCAGAGUGCCAGUGCUUAUGUGCCAACACACACAAGCUAUUUGAGGUGUGUCUUCUUUUGUAAAGUGUUCACUGAGAUACUCUGGAUGACGAGGUUUCAUAUGUGCCACAUCUAAGAGGAAAGGAGCGGUAGCACGCAUCCCUACUGUAUAUGCUCCUCCUCAUCGCUCAUUUUUAGAAUCAUGAUACAUUUCUAUACUUAACAAUUCACUCAAGAUCAAUGCUGUAAACAGUAUUUGUGAAACAAGCUAGGGCGGGAGCGCUUUUUCAUUCUAUGACUUUUUGCUAUUUGUAAAAAAAACAAAGGGGGAAAAACUUCCCGACCCUUAAGUGUCAAAAAUGUUUGUUUCUCUCACUUGCACAGUAGAAUAGAUUUUUUUCCCCAUAUUUAUACUGAAACUUAUGAAAAAAAAAGGCAUUCAGAAACAUUUUAUAGUAUUUUUAUAAGGAGUUGUGGACCAAAGGUUCAGAGUUUUGGGUGACACUCACUUUUUAACGUGUACACAGCAGAGUUUCUUUCUUUAAAAAGAAACGGGCGGUGUUUUUAAAGUGGUUGUUGUAGACUUAAAUUAGAAAACCUGAAGAGCUUCAUUCCAAAAGAGUGACUAUCCAACUGGGAAAGGCCUCGUAGAUGGAUGUCUCUGUUUGGGGUCAAACUCUUCCUUUGACUUCCGGUCUUCUGACCGGACUGCCUUGAUAAAACAUUGAUGACAUUCAAAACGAUGGGUGGAAAACAAGCAGCUGCUCAGUUUGAACUGUGCUGCAAACAGCGUAAGAAACAAGAAGGUUCAAGUGUAGCCUAACAUAUCAACACGAAGGUACAGAGGCUUCUAUCUAGCUCAUACAGUACUUUGUAUAUUUAUGUGUAAGUAUGCUCGUUUCCUAACCGCAAAUGCAAAUGUGGUGGUAUUUUAUGUGCAAGAUUUUUCCAUUAUGUUGUAUCAUUUGGCCUUUAGGACCACGUGUUCAGAAUGAUCAGCAUUUAAAAUGUUUCUUUAGUCUGACCUCUACUGAUGCAUCUACUCGAGAUUUUAUAUUUCACUGAAUCUCCACUGCGACAUUACGCAAAUGUCUCCCACUGAAAAGGAAAUCUGAUUGGUCUGUUUGGUCUUCAAAUGCACGAGGUGCAUUAGAAAACCUGAAGUUUGCAGUUUGCAGAGUUUUCAUUCUGGCUGACGACAGUAGCAAGUGCAACUGCUAAGUUUGAGCAGUAAAAUGAUAUUUUCUUUUCUUUCCUUGUAUAAAAAUCUUUAUGAAACUCCUACACAAUCCAGUGACCAUAAACAAACCUCCCUGCUAAACAUGAAACAUUACUUGCUGUAUAAAAACUCCUACAGCAGACGCUGCCGUUGCCAACAUUGGUUUUCAGACAUUUAAUUGUGGAGAACUAAAGUUUUGAAUGGUUUUGCCUGAUCCAUGUUGUUCUCUCCAAGCAGAAUUAUUCCUUCUGUUAUAAAACUGUGUCUUUAAAGAAACAAACUGAUUUCACAUUGGCUGUUUAGAAGCAGAGAGCCCAAGAAACGAUGAGGCACUUCUUUGGAUGACCACCUCCACAGGAGUUCGUUUAGAGUGGAUACUGCACUUAAACAUUUGCCCAGAGCAGCUACUUGUGCUAAAACAAGGUCAAUGAACGUGGCUCAUUUGCUCUGAGCUUUGUCAGUGAGACUGGAUCCGACACGCUUCACCGUUUUUUGGUGACAUUUAUGUUGAUUAGGACCGACAGCAUCAGUCUCUACAGUAUACUGAACUUGAAAUUAGGUUCCAUCAUUAAUGCAACUUCUUUUUAAGAAGAGACACUGAGUAAUACUAUGUGACUUAUUAAAACUUUAUAAUAUUUUUACUUUUCUCAAGAGCACAUCUGUAUAAGGUGAAAUCGGGAUCAGAAUGUCACAUUUUUCAUUUAUACAUCUAUAAUUUACACAUUCAAAAUGUAUUUUCAGCCUUUUAAAUCCUAGUUUCAGUUACAAAUUAUGAUCCUGUCCUGAUUUCACCUUACACAGAUGUGAAAAAAAGGUCAUUAUUACUUAGUGUCUCUUUAAAAUGAAGUUGCAUUAAUGAUGUAACCUCAUCAUUUCAGGUUCAGUAUACAGUAGAGACCAAUGCUGUGGAUCCUAAUCAACACAUGAUGGCUGUGAGACGGUAGGAUGAAAAGUGUUGGAUCCGAUCUCACUAACAAAGCUCAGUGUGUGAACAUGAGCCACUUCUACAACAGACGGGAGCUUCAGGGCAGACGAGCCACUUGUUUUUCACCGACCCUGCUUUAGUGCCAGUAGCUGCUGCUUCAUCACAUAAGGAAAGAGGUGUUCUAUGCAACAGAGAUUCACCCACUUGUUUCCACAGCUAAGUGAUGGGAGGUGACGCUUCACAAACUAGAAUCACAGCUUCACAGCUGUAUGCCUCCGUCAACCAGUCGCAUUAAUGAGAAUGGCACAGACACGAGGUCAGCGUGACCUUUGACCUCUAAAUUUAAUCAGUUCAUCCUUAAAUCUGAGUGGAUGUUUGUGCCAAAUUUCUACAAGGCCUUUCUGAGAUAUCACGUUCACAAGAAUGGGACGGACGGACAAGCUGAAAACAUAAGGCCUCGAGCCACAGCUAUCAGCAGCGCAGAGGCAUAAAAACCAGAUGCUGCAAAGUGGAGCCAGAAAUCUCAGAACCUCCAGAGGUAAUCACUGAGCCUCGAUACUCGUCAGCAACACUAUCAUCUCCUCACAGAUACAGGAUAUUAUGUUAAGUUUAUGCUAAGGGGCAGGAAGAAAAUGUAUUUAUUGCGCCCUAUUUUGAAUAAACACUUUCAGACAGGAAACCACAGCCACAUUAUUUCUGAUUAGACUAUCAGAUGGAACCUUGUAGCUCCAAGGUCACUAUAUAAAGCAUUUCAGCAGUUAUGUAGAGAAGAACAGCAGAUGGAGCACCCUUUUAAAUUUAUAUGGUUAUCACAGCCUUGGUGCUGCAUACUAUUACCUCUUUACAACCUUUUUACAGACUUGUAGCUGUGCAGUAUUUUGCAUCUGACUUGCAAUGUCGUCGUGACCUUGCGUAGAAUGAGUUUGACACCGAGGAGGUACUGAGGCCAAGCAAAUACACGGCCAGGCCAACCAGGUACUUAGUCAUGACCUCUUAACUAUUUACAGUCUGCUGACAGUGGGGGGUAUAUAAAUAUGUACAAGACACCAUAAAUGCCAAAAAUGCUAAACAGAUGUUUUUAUAUGGUUCUUUAAUGAAAAAAAAUCUGGUUUGGAAGGGAAUGUGGAAGCAUCGACUCCGCUAGUUGUUAUUUCACGUCUUUCCAUGUGCACCUCUCACUGCAGUGUUUACUCAUAUUCUUUACUCUGGUCUUCUCCUGUCACAUAUUAAUGGCCACCUAGCAGCUUGCAAAUUCAGAGGUUAAAACCGUGUUUAAGGAAAAAAGGUGUUUAUUUCAUGAUCUCCUUUGUUUCUCUGAAUAUUAGUAUUUUAAAACUUAUUUUACUUUGUGGUGUUCACCUGUGGAAGACGAGUCAAACAUGUUUAAUACACAGUGUUUUAUGUUAUUGUGUGUGUGUUGGAUAGGAUGGGUUCUGAUUAAUCAACCCAGCAAACAAACACUGAGGGUACGUGCACAUCUGUGGCCAAAGCUGUCUGUCAACUAGGCCAGGCCCACAGCUAACUGCUCUGUUCCAUGCUGAGCUGUGCCAUCCUUGGCCAAGAGUGACUCGAGUGGCUCAGUGUCCACUUUUACAUUUUGGGGUCUGCAGUGAGAGCCAAAAGACUGGGGGGGGGACUGAGCAGACAAACUAAUGCAGCAGCCAUUUGUGUUUAUUGUGCUUAUGUGUGCUCAUGGGUGACUGUGUGUGUACUACCGCUCUGUGUCUCCAUACAUGCACAUGUGACCAUCUGUGAACAUGCAUGCGUGUGCAUGUAACCCUAGUGUGUUUUCAUACCAUAAUAGAAGUGUUGGGGCCACUGGACUGUAGAAAUUAGGGUUUGACUGAUGGCGUAGAGUAAAGCCAUGUCAUCCCCCACCGCCGACCUACAGCGGGGCUCACUACAUACGUACGAAGCAGCAGUCACAAAGCUUCAGAAUCUUUAGUGUCAAGAUUUCUUGUGUUAAUAUAAUUCUGUUAGCACUUCCAAUAGCACAAAAGUGAACUGUUAGUAGUUUGGUGUCCUUAAUGUUCCACAAUGUAAACAUCUAUAUGCUACAAAAAGGAGCCCACAAUAACUCACUGUAUCCAUGGCAACAUUAUAGGCUACUUCCUGUUUCUUAUAAAUGUAGGCUACGAUCUGUUCAUGAGCGAAGUUGUAACAUUUGUGACAUUUUCCAAAAUACUAUGCAAACACCCCCACACUAUUUAACCUCAUAUUCAUUAUAUAGGUAACUUAUAUAGGACGUAGACAGUGGAAUCAGGCAGACGAUGAAGCCUUGGUUUUCUCAAACAGCAGUGACUGACAACCACUACAACCUUUUACCAGAUCCUGAUCUCUGGAUCUUAUUAUGAGAAAGCAAACAUUUAAUAGUCAAAACUCAUGUGAAUAGAUAAAAACGGUUGCCAUGGAGACCUUGUGUGGCAUUGUCGAAUUAGCUAUUAGCAGCUGAUUUACAUUAAUACGGAAGAAUCUGACAUUUCUCAAGCAGGUUCUGAAGAUUUCCAACUACUGCUCAGUACAUGCACAUAGUGAGUUACACUGUAGGCUGCAACUUGGGGCCCGUCUAUUUGUUGAUGUUUUGGAACACUACACACCCCAAAUCAGCUACCAGCAGUUCUCUUUUGCUAUGUACUAUUGAAUGUACUGACAACGAUCACUUUAAUACUAAAGAAUUCUUUAAGCCUGAUGAUUUCUGCUGCGCUACCCUGCUUUAUCUCAUAAUUACGAGAUAAGAACCGCCAAUAUUUUUUCAUUGGUGAAUGCAAUGUGAGUCCAUAGGCGAGAUUACAAAAAUGCAACAAUGAGGAAAUCUCCUGUUCAGGAGCAGUUUUAUACAACACGUAUUGUAUAACAGAAACUUUUGCUUCUCAAUAAAAAUCUAAGGUUUCCCUUUCAAAGUUCUCUCAACUCCUGCAACACAUCAGUAGCCUAAUAUUCAGCUUUGUCAAAGGCAUGACUGAUUAUGAUUUGCCUGCACUUCAUAGCAGUAAUGAGCGGGUAGAGAACGAGAGCUUCGUUUGGCCGCCACCAAUGCCUAGUAUCCCACUCACUGAGAAAACAGACCAACCAGAGCUCUGCUGGCUGAUCCUGGGCCUGCUUUACCCUCAACACUAACUACUUCAAUGAAAGACAGAAACAAGAAACUCUUAAAUCAACAUGCCAAUCAAUCAAUCACUUAACUGCCGCAAAGCUGGAAUGCUUAAAAUAAAAAUAGUCAAUUUCAAAAGGUGUUGACUAUUGAGAGAAAACAGUAACACUGCUCAGUAACAAAGCCACGUCAGUCAAACCCUAGUAGAGAGCAGGACAGGAGGAAGCGGCCGAGCUGGUCAACUCGCCCCUCAUCCAGCUGCUGUCUGACCAUCUGCUCUGUCAAACAUCUGCAUGAGUGAGCAGGAGAAACUGAUGUUCUGCUUGGUGUCAUGAAGACGAUGAUCAGGACAGUGAGAAGGAUUCAUACCGCGCCUAAUUAUGUGUGGAGGUGCCAGAGGGGUGUGUUCAAAUAACUGUGUUCUCCACUCCACUGCUUUCUUUUUUAUCCAUAUACAGAAUAUUGUUCACGUGUAUUAUGUUCCAAUUGGGUUGGUAUUUGUUUAUCCCUUUUAUUCAAGAACUGUACAAACCAUACGGGAUGAGAUAUUAUUGAAAUUUUCUUUUCAUGUUUCUCUGUUUGAUUUCUGUUGUUUCCGUCAAAUUGUAUGUAAUUAUUUUUCCACAGUAUUGCAGACAAUAAAACAGACCACUUUCAUAAGAUCAGUGGUAACAACUGCUUUCAUUUGUUUUGCCGUCACUGAGUUUACAAGGCAC